CAGAAAGAAAAAUAAAGAGAAAGAGAGCUUUCUUUCCUUCUCUUUAUUGUUUUUAUUUUAUAUUAUUUGUGAAGCAGAGAAAAAACAGCUUCUUCUCCACAAGCCUGCCUGCUUCUGCCUCCCAUUCCAAUUUUCCCUCACCUUUUCGCAAUCCAAACGACGCACCACCGCUCUCUAGCAAUAGUUGCUGCUGCUGCUGCCGCUUUUGAGCUGUUAAGUUGUUUGCCUUUUCUUUUUCUUUUUUACAGAAAAAGAGAGCUUCAUUUUUCAUUGUUUCAACUUCACUUUUUUUUUUCUUGAUUUAGUGAGGCUUUUUCUUGAGAUCGACCUUCCAGCUCUGAAUUAAUUUGCUUUACUGAGAAGGGUUUUUGAUUCUAUGCAAAGCCCAUUGUAGACUUUGUCAAGAAACUAGAAGAGUUUUCAAGUAAUUGGAGUUUGAAGAUUGGGGGUGAAUUUGAAGAUCAGUGAGAGAUGAAAAAUUAGCCAUUUUAUAAUUCGGGAUUUGUGAGAAGUGUCUGACAGGGAAGGUUCAUUUUGAUUUUUUCUUUCGAAGGACUUGAAUAGAUUCUUAAGGUGUUGAGCUUGUCAAUGGUGGUGACUAAGUAUCGAGGGAGCACUAGGGUCGGUUUCUAAAACUACGGUCCCCUCCAUUAAGCUGUAACCAAAUAAGUUCAAAGUGGGGUCUCGUGAUAUGACUUUUUUUUUUAGAGUGAAAAGCUAAAAAGUUACCUUUUUAAUUGUUCUUUUAUCUCAUUGCAUCUGUGGGAGCUCAAUCGUCAGGAUCAGAGAAAAUGUUGCAGAAAAAAUCUCAGGUCUUGCCUUCUUUCCAGUCGAUCAAAUCGUUGCCAGUUGAUUUUAGGUUUGUUGGUUCGCCGACAUCAGAACAAUCAGAAAACGCAAAUUUGGUAAAUAGCAAUACAGCCUGUUUGAGUGUUCCUGAAAAAAAUGAUCUAGAGAAUGGUCUUGUCGAGGGAGCUGAGGAUAGUGUUGGCAAUGAUGUCAAUGAGGAUUCACCUUACAGUCAAGCUGCCAUCUUGGUUGAACAAAGACCUUCUGUGGGUGAUGAAGAUUUGGAUACUGUGCCCACACCUUUGCCCUUGGUAUCAACAUUUCACAGGGAGCGCAGGUGGGCUGACACCAGUUCCUAUGCUGCAAAAAAGAAACUUCAAUCUUGGUUUCAACUUUCAAAUGGGGAUUGGGAGCUGGGGAAGAUUUUAUCAACUUCAGGGACCGAGUCUGUCAUUUCCCCUCCAGAUGGAAAAGUUUUAAAGGUGAAAACUGAGAGUCUUGUUCCAGCAAAUCCUGAUAUCCUUGAUGGUGUAGAUGAUCUCAUGCAACUUAGUUACUUAAAUGAGCCAUCAGUGCUGUACAAUCUUCAGUAUAGAUACAACCGUGAUAUGAUUUAUACAAAAGCAGGGCCAGUUUUGGUUGCCAUCAAUCCUUUCAAGGAAGUUCCUUUAUAUGGAAAUAAUUACAUUGAAGCAUAUAAGAAUAAAUCUAUGGAGAGCCCACAUGUGUAUGCCAUUACAGACACGGCCAUCCGGGAAAUGAUACGAGAUGAAGUAAAUCAAUCUAUCAUUAUAAGUGGUGAAAGUGGAGCAGGAAAAACAGAGACAGCGAAGAUAGCUAUGCAAUAUCUGGCUGCUCUUGGUGGUGGUAGUGGGAUAGAAUAUGAAAUAUUGAAAACGAAUCCUAUUCUAGAAGCUUUUGGUAAUGCAAAGACAUUGAGGAAUGACAACUCAAGUCGCUUUGGAAAGUUGAUUGAAAUCCACUUUAGUGAAACUGGAAAAAUAUCAGGUGCCAAAAUUCAAACAUUUUUACUUGAAAAGUCCAGAGUCGUCCAAUGCAUGGAGGGUGAGAGGUCAUAUCAUAUAUUUUAUCAGCUUUGUGCCGGGGCUUCACCUAAACUUAGAGAGAAAAUAAGCUUGAAGAUUGCAAGUGAAUAUAAAUAUUUGAGACAGAGCAAUUGCUACACAAUUACUGGUGUCGAUGACGCUGAACGCUUCCGUGGUGUUAUGGAAGCUCUGGAUAUUGUUCAUGUCAGUAAGGAAGACCAAGAGAGUGUAUUUGCAAUGCUUGCUGCAGUACUGUGGUUAGGAAAUGUCUCGUUUUCCAUUGUUGAUAAUGAAAAUCAUGUUGAACCUUUGGCAGAUGAAGGUCUAACCACUGUUGCAAAAUUGAUUGGCUGUAAUGUUGGGGAGCUUAAGCUGGCUUUAUCUACUCGCAAAAUGAGAGUCGGAAAUGAUACAAUUGUCCAAAAGCUAUCCUUAUCACAGGCAAUAGAUACAAGAGAUGCUCUGGCCAAGUCAAUUUAUUCUUGCUUGUUUGAUUGGCUUGUUGAACAAGUCAACAAAUCACUUGCAGUUGGUAAAAGGAGAACUGGCAGAUCCAUCAGCAUUCUUGACAUUUAUGGAUUUGAAUCAUUUGAAAGGAAUAGUUUUGAGCAAUUCUGCAUAAAUUAUGCAAAUGAGAGAUUGCAGCAACACUUCAAUCGUCAUUUAUUCAAGUUGGAGCAGGAGGAAUACAUACAAGAUGGCAUUGACUGGACCAAGGUUGAUUUUGAUGAUAACCAGGACUGUCUCAAUCUUUUUGAAAAGAAACCUUUGGGGUUAUUAUCUUUGCUGGAUGAGGAGUCCACCUUUCCAAAUGGCACAGAUUUGACAUUUGCCAACAAGCUUAAACAGCAUUUAAACUCUAAUUCUUGUUUCAGAGGAGAGCGAGGCAAAGCCUUCAGUGUCAGCCAUUAUGCGGGCGAGGUGACUUAUGAUACAACUGGAUUUCUGGAGAAGAAUAGAGACUUAUUACACUUGGACUCUAUCCAGCUUCUCUCUUCAUGUUCAUGCCAUCUCCCUCAGAUAUUUGCUUCCAAUAUGCUUACACAAUCUGAGAAACCUGUAGUCGGUCCUUUAUAUAAAGCAGGUGGAGCAGAUUCACAAAAGCUAAGUGUUGCAACAAAAUUUAAGGGCCAACUGUUCCAAUUGAUGCAACGUCUAGAGAACACAACACCACAUUUCAUACGUUGUAUAAAGCCUAACAACUCGCAAUCUCCUGGAUCGUAUGAGCAAGGACUUGUAUUGCAGCAACUGAGAUGUUGUGGAGUUCUUGAAGUAGUUCGUAUAUCAAGGUCUGGAUUUCCUACCAGAAUGUCACACCAGAAGUUUGCCAGAAGAUAUGGUUUUCUUCUGCUGGAAAGUGUUGCUUAUUCUCAAGAUCCACUGAGUAUUUCGGUUGCAAUUCUUCAUCAGUUCGAUAUCUUGCCAGAGAUGUAUCAAGUUGGCUACACAAAAUUAUUUUUCCGAACAGGACAGAUUGGUGUGCUUGAGGAUACAAGAAACCACACGCUACAUGGUAUUUUACGUGUUCAAAGCUGUUUCAGGGGGCACCAAGCUCGUGCUUACCUCAGGGAGCUCAAAAGAGGAAUUUGUGUUCUACAGUCAUUUGUUCGUGGAGAGAAAAUCAGAAAGGAAUAUGCAGUCUCACAACAAAGACAUAGAGCAGCCGUUGUUAUACAAAGACAUAUCAAAAGCACAAUCUGCGGGAAAAAAUACAAAGACAUGCAUCAAGCAUCAAUCAUGAUACAAUCAGUUAUUCGUGGAUGGUUGGUGAGAAGAUUUUCGGGUGAUGUAGGAUUAUUGAAAUCUGGUGCAACCAAGGGCAAUGAGUCAGAUGAGGUGCUCGUGAAGGCAUCAUUUCUUGCUGAAUUACAGCGACGUGUUCUCAAAGCUGAAGCUGCUCUUAGAGAGAAAGAGGAGGAGAAUGACGUCCUUCACCAACGGCUCCAACAGUAUGAGAACCGUUGGUCAGAAUAUGAGUUGAAAAUGAAGUCCAUGGAAGAAGUGUGGCAGAAACAGAUGAGAUCCCUACAAUCCAGUCUCUCCAUUGCAAAGAAGAGCCUAGCCAUUGAUGAUUCUGAGAGAAAUUCUGAUGCAUCUGUCAAUGCAAGUGAUGAGAGAGAGUUUAGCUGGGAUACAGGAAGCAACCAUAGGGGUCAAGAAAGUAACAGUGCUAGACCGAUGAGUGCAGGCUUGAGUGUUAUAAGCCGUAUGGCUGAAGAAUUUGAGCAGAGGAGUCAAGUGUUUGGUGAUGAUGCCAAGUUCUUGGUAGAGGUAAAAUCAGGUCAGGUUGAAGCAAGUUUGAACCCUGACCGAGAGCUCAGAAGGUUGAAGCAGAUGUUUGAAGCUUGGAAGAAGGAUUAUGGAUCGAGACUACGGGAAACAAAGGUGAUUUUGAAUAAGCUCGGAACUGAAGAAGGUGCCCUUGACAGGGUGAAAAGGAAGUGGUGGGGAAGGAGGAACAGCACGAGAUAUACUUAGAUUACUUUGUUUGGUGGUUAGCUCCUGGCUAUUUAACAUCCGAAAAUUAUAUAGCAGAGAAAAAUUGUGAUGACUUCUUUUUGUACAAGCGAUGUGGUGAUGGCAGAACCUCCUGGUUCUUAUCGAUGCCUAAAUUAAAAUGUACAUCAUUCUUUUUUAUUAUCACACAAGUUGAAGAAGCAAUAUUUUCUUCC